ACGGCGAGUAGACGUGCCUGAAUUGCAAUAUUUAUUUUUAUUCAUGUAAACAUUUAGUCAAUAAAGUAUUGACCUAGAUUAUACAACAUUUAGUAAAUUUUGUUUAGUUUGUAAUACACUAUGUUACAUAAUUAAACGCAAACAAUGGCUAACAUAGAAAAUAGCCCUUUCAAUCGGAGUUCGAAAACGUGUCGCAGCCCUCCCAGCACUCCGCAACCCGCAGAACAUGCCGCCGAAGAGACCUUGGAAGCACUCUCGACCAGUGACAUUAAGGGUUGGAUGGUGACAAUAGAAAAGGCUCUCAAUGAUGUGUGCCAGAUUGCUGCAGAGGGUAAGUUGAACUCUGAGCAAAAACUUAAUAUUAACACUCUGGCACGAAGGGUCGGAAAUGGAGUCUCCCAAAUGGCGAUCCACUAUCAGACCUUAAAACAAAGGGCUUGCCAGAUAAAAACAUCUCUGGAAGCCUUAAGAGAAAAGGAGGACCUUGCUGCUUGCCUGAACGACUUUAAAAAGUCAAUUAAGGAGUCAAUCCAAGAAAAUUGCAGUAAACCUGUGGCUCAAAAUAUGUCCUUUGCUGAUAUAUUAAAGACGAACAAAUCAAGUGUCCUGCGACCCUCUAAUUUGAAGUCAAUCGCAAUUUAUCCGAACGAUGCACUAAAAUCCAGUGACGAAACCAAAACGCUCGUGCAAAAGAUUAUUAAUCCAGAGCAAAUGAAAUUGCACGUUAGGGGUAUGAGAAAAACAAGGAACGGAGGUGUAAUAAUUAGCACCGAAUCAAACGAGGACAUUGAAAAACUCCGUCGAUCAAGCCAGCUGACCAGUUCAGGCCUGAAAGUCGAAGAACCUCACAAAAGAAGGCCGCGAAUAAUAGUAGUCGGCGUGCCCGCAGCUCUUCGAGACCAAGAGGUGUUCGAUUCAAUUUACGAGCAGAACCUGGCCGAUAAGAUGCCUAAUAUGUCGCGAGAAUCAUUCCUGUCUUGCAUCAAGUUAAGCCACAAGUCAGGGAAAAAAGACGCGCCCACAUGCAACUUUAUAAUAGAAGUCCCAGCCAAUGUAAGGAAAGCUCUCAUAAAUCAGGAGAGAAUCUAUAUCAACUGGACUUCCUGCCCUGUACGUGACUUCACUCUCGUAACCCGAUGCUUUAAAUGUCAGCAAUAUGGGCAUGCUGCAAAAACUUGUCGCGAAGUUACAUGCACAUGCGGACAUUGUGGAGAACAAGGGCAUGAGACUAAAGACUGCACUAAGAAGGACAAGCCGCCAAAAUGUGCAACAUGCUCCCGGUUCAAAAAGCCAAGCAGUCACAAAACUGGGGACCUUGAAUGCCCGGCAAAGAAGACAGCAGAAACGAGGUACAUUAACUCUAUUGACUAUAAUGAGGGCGCCUAAGAGCGCCACCUUUUAUAUUAUCAG